UCAGAAUGCAGGGAACUGCGCCAAGCCCACACCCAGUCCUCUGGAGGAGGAAUAAGAGGCUGCUCUGUAUACACUCCUGCCACUCAGGACACUGAAGUCAGAGAGGACACUAGCAGCACGAAAAGGCCAGGAGGAUGUCUGAGUUGGAGAAAGCCAUGGUGGCCCUUAUUGAUGUCUUCCAUCAGUAUUCGGGAAGGGAGGGUGACAAGCACAAGCUGAAGAAAUCAGAACUUAAGGAGCUCAUCAACAGUGAGCUGUCCCACUUCCUGGAGGAAAUCAAGGAGCAGGAGGUUGUGGACAAAGUCAUGGAAACACUGGAUGAAGAUGGAGAUGGAGAAUGUGACUUCCAGGAAUUUAUGACCUUCAUCACCAUGGUGACUACAGCCUGCCAUGAGUUCUUUGAGCAUGAAUAAGAUAAAGAAAGGAGCCUGGAUGUUCCAGUGGCAGAGAUGAAGGUCACAAGAAGCAGCAGAGCAAAGGCUUGCAGGCUAGAAGGGGGCUGAGCUUGCUAGCUACACGUAUCUAAUUAGGAAGCUUGAUUUGCUU